AUGGCGACAUACCGGUUUAUCCAACAGAAUGAGGAUCGGGACGGCGUGCGUUUUAGCUGGAACCUGUGGCCCUCGAGCAGGCUGGAAGCUACCCGGCUGGUAGUGCCUGUCUCCUGCCUCUUCACCCCACUCAAGGAGAGGCCAGACCUGCCACCGGUGCAGUACGAACCGGUCCUCUGUAGCAGGGCCAACUGCAAGGCCGUACUAAACCCGCUAUGCCAAGUUGACUACAGAGCCAAAAUAUGGGCGUGCAACUUCUGCUUCCAAAGAAACCCAGUGAGUACACCACAAUGGAGUAAACUGAGCUGUAGGACCAAACACCAUUCCACCAUAGAAUACCGGGUGCAUAAUGUACCAUUAGACCUAGAGAUGCUAGGCCUGACGAACGCAGCGGUAUCUGGGCCUCAGGGUCGUCCCGUGGCCCCUCAGGAUCCAGCCGCCACCUGUAGGUUCCUGCAGCCGGUCCAUAAGGUAGACAUGAACCUGACAGACCUGUUGGGCGAGCUGCAGAGAGAUCCCUGGCCUGUACCACAGGGGAAGAGACCACUGCGCUCUACUGGAAUAGCACUGUCCAUCGCCGUGGGCCUGCUGGAGGGUACGUUUCCCAACACAGGCCGUGUGAUGAUGUUCAUGGGCGGACCCCCCCACCAGGGCCCCGGUAUGGUGGGUGGGAGACGAACUCAAGACCCCAUCCGCUCCUGGCAUGACAUCACCAAGGACAACGCACGGCAUCUGAAGAAAGCCACCAAGUACUACGAAGCCUUGGCGAGUGUGGCAGUGAACGGCCACAGUAUUGACAUCUACGCCUGUGCCUUGGAUCAGACCGGACUUCUAGUGAAAUGUUUAUCCAACCUCACUGGAGGUCACAUAGCGAUGGGCGACUCCUUCAACACCUCUCUGUUCAAGCAGACCUUCCAGAGGGUCUUCAGUAAGGACUACAACGGAGAGUUCCGCAUGGCCUUCGGAGGCACGCUGGAAGUCAAGACGUCCAGGGAGCUGAAGGUAUCGGGGGCCAUCGGGCCCUGUGUCUCCCUCAGCGCYAAGGGACCGUGUAUAUCAGAGAACGAGGUAGGUGUUGGAGGAACAACMCAGUGGAAAAUCUGCAGUCUCAGUCCCUCCACUACGUUGGCCUUGUAYUUCGAGGUCGUCAAUCAGCACAACGCCCCAAUCCCKCAGGGUGGUAGAGGAGCGGUCCAGUUUGUCACCCAGUACCAACACUCCAACACCCAGAGGAGGAUCAGGGUUACCACCGUCGCCAGGAAUUGGGCCGACGCCCAGUCCCAGAUCCAGCACAUCGAGUCGUCCUUCGACCAGGAGGCGUCGGCGGUCAUCAUGGCCAGGCUGGGCGUGUUCAGGGCCGAGUCGGAAGAGGGGCCGGACGUCCUGCGCUGGCUGGACAGACAGCUCAUUCGCCUGGUGAGUGACAGCUAGGCUGACCAAUGUGUG